CAAUUAGAGGAUGAAUAUAGACUAUAUGAACCGGGACAGGACACUGGCUUGGGCAGAGACUGGUGGGAUGGGGUUGGCGCUCCAACAGCCCCCCUUAAUUACAACUCCAGUCUCCAUAAAACAAUACCCCCUGUCACAUGAAGCUUAUCAAGGUAUAAGGCCUCACAUUACGAGGCUUCUAGAUCAAGGCAUCCUAAUCCCCUGCCGGUCGCCUUGGAAUACGCCUCUUCUGCCUGUUAAGAAACCCGGCACUGGAGAUUAUAGGCCAAUACAAGACUUGAGAAAGGUCAACAAGAGGAUAAAAGAUAUUCAUCCGACUGUUCCAAACCCUUACAAUUUGCUCAGUAACUGUUCAUCGAUGAGAAACAGGGGUAUGCUAAAGGGGUCCUAACACAAAGGUUGGGACCCUGAAAACGCCCUGUGGCCUACCUGUCUAAGAAAUUGGACCCUGUGGCCUCCGGCUGGCCACCGUGCCUAAAGAUGGUGGCUGCUAUUGCUGUCCUGAUCAAGGAUGCUGGAAAAUUGACUUUGGGACAGCCACUCACCAUCCUAGCACCCCACACAGUGGAGGCCUUGGUAAAGCAGCCCCCAGACCGCUGGCUCUCUAAUUCUCGCACCAAGCCUUGUUACUGGAUGCAGAACGGGUUCAGUUUGGGCCCGUAGUCGCCCUCAAUCCUGCCACCUUGCUUCCUCUACCAGAGGAGGCAAAACAGCAUGACUGCCUACAAAUCCUCGCAGAAGUACAUGGAACCAGGCCGGACCUAUCGGACCAGCCUCUUCAGAAUGCUGACCACACAUGGUACACGGAUGACAACAGCUUCUUGGCAGAGGGAGAGUGAAAGGCUGGAGCUGCGGUCACUACGGAGGACAAAGUGAUUUGGGCGAAAGCCCUGCCUGCUGGUACCUCCGCACAACGGGCUGAACUCAUCGCCUUGACUCAGGCGUUCAAGAUGACAAAAGGUAUAUAUGGAUACAAGUAUCUCCUAGUGUUUGUAGACACCUUCUCAGGAUGGGUCAAAGCCUUCCCCACGAAACACGAGACUACAAAAAUGGUCACCAAGAAGCUCCUCGAGAAAAUCUUUCCCAGGUAUGACAUGCCUCAAGCGUUGGGGUCGGACAACGGGCCCGCUUUCGUCUCCCAAGUAAGUCAGUUGGUGGCCAAAUUGCUGGGGAUUGAUUGGAAAUUACAUUGUGCCUAUAGACCCCAGAGUUCAGGUCAGGUAGAACACAUGAAUAGAACAAUUAAGGAGACUUUAUCCAAACUUACGCUUGCAACUGGCUCAAAGGAUUGGGUGGCCCUCCUUCCCCUAGUUCUAUAUCGGGCCCGGAAUACCCCGGGCCCCCAUGGUCUAACUCCUUUUGAAAUAAUAUAUGGAACACCACCCCCAUUUGUCCAUUUCUUUGAUUCAAACAUUGCUGAUUUUGCUGACAGCCCUUCUCUGAGGGCCCAUUUACAGGCCCUACAGAUUGUGCAGAGAGACGUCUGGAGACCUUUGGCCACUGCUUACCAGGACAAGCUUGAGCAUCCGGUGGUGCCACACCCGUUCCAGAUUGGAGACACCGUGUGGGUGCACAGACACCAGACCAAGAAUCUCGAGCCACGGUGAAAAGGACCCUACACCGUCCUCCUGACUACCCCGACCGCCCUAAAGGUAGACGGAGUCUCGGCUUAGAUCCACACACCACAUGUCAAGGCAGUCCGGUCUGAGGAAUUGACUAAUCACAACACUACACCCCAGACAUGGAGAGUUCAGCGCAUUCCAAACCCCUUAAAGUUAAAACUCCUACGUGGCUCCUCCUAGCCCUUUUGUGGCCUAGAGUCAGUGGGGGAAUAAGCCCCCACCAGACAGAAAUUUCUUGACCAAGUCGAGUGAAAGAUUUCACUCAAAGUUAGCAAAAAAUGGGGGAAUGAAAGACCCCAGCUUAGCAGCAGUAACGCCAUUUUGCAAGGCUGUACUUAAGAUGACUGGUUCAGGGAAAGGUUAGAACACUGAGUACACAGCGGCUGCCAAGCAAGAUAUGUUUGGUUGAAGGCCUGGCAACAGGACGACUUCGGUUGAGCACCUGACAAUGAAAAAAAGCCCCAGGAGAGGUCCCACACCCUGGUGGGGGGCCGAGUCAGUCGUUAUGUUCCAAGAAGGUAGCUAAGAAACUUGCCCCCGGGCUGAACCCUUGGGGGGCCGAGUCAGCCGUUAUGUUUCUGGAAGGUAGCUAGGAAACUUGCCCCCGGGCUAAACCCUUGCCAUAUUAGAAUCCACCAAUUAUAUCCCUGUAACCAUGCAUCUGCUUCUGUAUGCUUGCUUCUGCUCCCCAAAAUCCUAUAAAAGCCCAUCCUUGGUUCUGUGGGGCGCGCCAGUCCCCCGAGUGACUGAAGCGCCCGCAGGUGCCUGUGCCUGUGUAUCCCGACUAUAAACCAAAUCCUCUUGCUGAUUGCA